AAUUAUUGUAAGGGAUUUGUGUAUUUGGGUCUCAACUCUCAACGCACUGCUGCGUCCCAAUGAUUAAUUUAACUUCUCAGAGGGCUCUCUGUAUGACCAUUGACAAAUUCCAAACCAUGGCAUUGUAACAUCCACCAAAGGCCCUUCUCUAUCCUGCUGCUUGUAUAAAGCUCUACCUAUAGCAGAAGAGGCUUUCGGCUGUGCUCGUUGCACAAACGAUAUAUAAGAAGAACAAAUCGGUAACCACAAGCAUUACGUAUAUAUCUAGAGAGUCAACCUUGCAACGCGAUGAAGAUAGUGCUUAAGGUGGCCAUCACCUGCAAGAAGUGCAAAACCUGCGUCCUUGGGAUCGCCUCGAAAGUUAAAGGGAUCAAGUCCCUGACAUACGACGAGGAGAAGAGCACUCUCACGGUGGUCGGAGACGUGGACGUGGUGGUCAUCGUGGAGCAUCUGCGCAAGGCGAAGCAUCCGGCAGAGGUGGUGUCGGUGAUCGACGAGAAGAAGGAGAAGGAGGCCGAGGAGGCGAAGAAGAAGAAGGAGGCCGAGGAGAAGAAGAAGAAGGAGGAGGAAGAGAAGAAGAAGAAAGAGGAGGAGGAAGAGGAGAGGAGGAAGAAAAGGUGCUGCCUUCCGCCUCCGUGCACGCCGUGCCCUCCGCCGCCGUGCCCGCCGCCGUACCCGUACCCGUACCCCAAGCCGUGCUACAUCCCCGUCGAGGACGAGUACCCCGGGCCCUGCACCAUCGUCUGAGACUGUUGAGAGAGGAACGCCAUGACCAGCCAUAUCAGCUCUUUCAGCAGAAGGCACUUGAGUUUCCUGCGUCAGUUGAUCAUCGAUUUGGAAUUGGUUUCCAUGCACAUUCUCUUUCUGUCCUUUUGAUUCUAGCGUGGUCUUUCUCCAUCAUUCAGCUUGUAGAUUGAUGAUAGGUGUCUGAAUGAUAUGAUGCAAUGGACACAUUCAGGUAAGUGCUAUGUGUACAGCUUUGUAACAAGCUUCCAAUUGAGUUUCAACUUUCAAGAUUAAUUAAGAUGCCAUUGCAAGAAA